CGGGCUGGCGCCAGGCGGCGGUGGUGAAAGACGGCGGCGAGUGAGGUCGCUGCUUUGCGGAAGAUGUUGUCGGAGGAUCGGCAGCAGGGAAUACUCCCCGUGUGUAAUGAAGCUUAAAAAUCUCAACUCCUGAUGUUUUCAAACUGAUGCUGUCCUGUCCCUGGAUCUGACACUGCACCCACUGCUCUCACUGUAAAAGUUUAUAGAUGGAAUUGCCACAGAUCAGAUGUCUCCUCCUGACCAUCUUUGCUGCCUCUAUUGGUGGUACCUUCCAAUAUGGGUAUAACCUGUCUAUCAUCAACGCACCAACAAUCUUUAUCCAAAAGUUUAUCAAUGAGACGUGGACUGAGCGCUAUGGCACGCAACUGGAGAAGCAGGUCAUCACAAUGUUCUGGACCUUUAUGGUGGCUGGUUAUUCUGUUGGAGGAUUGGUCGGGGCACUUAUUGCGGGACCCAUGGCAGUAAGGUUUGGAAGGAGAAAUUUGCUGCUGCUGAGCAAUGUUUUUAUACUGGUUGGUGCUUUGUUAAUGGGAUUAAGCAGAGCAGUCAAAUCCUUUGAGAUGAUUUUAAUUGGGAGACUCUUUGCCGGAAUAAACGCAGGUGUGGGAAUGAACAUUAACCCCAUGUAUCUCGGUGAGAGUGCACCAAAGGAAAUCCGAGGCAUGGUGGCCCUGUCGUUUGCUCCAUUCACUGCGGCUGGGAUAGUAUUGGGACAGACCAUGGGACUUGGAGAGAUUUUGGGUACCGAAGAAUUGUGGCCUUUACUACUGGCAUCCUGUGCAGUACCAUCUCUGAUUCAACUCCUCACUCUGCCAUGGUGCCCAGAGAGCCCCCGGUACCUGCUGAUUGACAGGGAGAACGAGAACAAGUGCAUGAAAGCCUUGAAGAGAUUACGUGGCGAUGUUGACCUAACCACAGAAAUGGAUGAACUCCUGGAGGAGCAAACUGCACUCAAAGGUCAAAAUAUGAAAGGCCUGUGUGACUUGUUCCAAGACCAUUCUGUUCGCUGGCAGUUAAUCAUCACCUUGGUGCUGGGCAGUGCCAUACAGCUAUGUGGGAACGAUGCUAUGUAUUUCUACGCUGUCUAUGUGUUUACUGCUGCAGGAAUUCCCAAUGAAAAGAUCCAGUAUGCUACAAUUGGAACGGGGUGUUGUGAGUUCAUCACUGCAGUAACAAGUAACCUGUUUAUUGAUUGGAUUGGUCGCAGAAAGCUGCUUAUGGGAGGCUACAGUUUGAUGGUUGGCUGUGGAAUAUUGUUCACCAUCUCUCUGACGCUCCAGGACAAGGUCAGCUGGAUGUCGUACCUGAGCAUGAUUUGCAUCUUUGCUUCCAUCUUAAGUUUUGGAAUUGGACCAGCCGGAGUUACCGGAGUCAUUCCAAUGGAGAUCUUUGACCAAACUGCACGGCCUGCAGCCUACGUGAUCAAUGGUUCCCUGCUCUGGAUAAACCUUAUUAUUGUUGGGAUGACUUUCCCAUUUAUUGUUGAGGGACUGGGCAGUUUCUGUUAUGUGCCAUUCAUUUGCCUUAGCUUCCUUGCUGCUUUGUUCAUCGGAAUCUUCCUGCCAGAAACAAAAGGAAAGACUUUUCUGGAAAUUUCUGAGGAGUUCUACAGGCGGAAUUUCAAGGAGCCUGUGAGGGAAAGUAGUGACUUGUGAAAAUAUUGUAAUUGUGUAUGAUGCCUGUCUUUGCAUGAUUUCACUUGUGGUAGCUGGUUAUCCUAUUUAUUGUCUAUUUCAUUGGGUUCAGAAUUUAUGGAAGAUGUGGGUUUCUCUUGCAUGUUCAUGCUAAUACCCAACCUUCGGUUUUCGGUUCCCUAUCAGACUGGGAGCCAAAACUGGCCAUCAGUUGGCUGUUGAACAAUGAAUUAACCAGACUUUGACUCAAUAACACUCCACAGCAUUUGGCAUCUGGGCUACCCGUGGCAUGCUGAGUCACAUACAUCCUGCAGGUCAGGUUAGGAAAUGGCCAACCUUUGAUUCUGUUCUCUUCUGGCCUCCUUUACCUCCAGUCGAUCCCAACCUAUUUGAAACGUAACACCUGUAUUCAUUAUGUUUUGCCAUUCAUGCAGUGACUUCUCAUUCCAUAAGGUAAUAUAUUUUUUGGGAAAAAACUUGUCUCCUUCAUCAAAUCCUCUCUGACCUUGACCAUCUAUCUGAGUAACCCUUACUUUCUAUCUUUAAGCCCAUUUGUAUAUAUUCCUAGUCUUCGUGUUAACAUUGAAGCCAGUAUUCUCCAGCAAUUUCAGCUUUUGUUUCGCAUUUACAGAAUCCGCAGUUCCUUUCUGUUAUUGAAGCCAUUGCUGUCCAUUUCUCUUCCUGCCCCCAAAGAUGUUUGACCAAGCUUAUAGCUAUCUCUCCUAAAGCUACCUAAUGAAGUCUCAAUGACAUCCCUUCAUUGAUUUUAGUUUCUUUUUUAUAAUCUGUUGGCAUGCUUUGUACAUUAAAGACAGUAUACAAAUGCAAGUUGAGGUGCAACUUUUUAAUGCACUUGUUGGACCCCUGUAGAGUUACUGUUUGUUGAUCUGUAUGCCUCACUGCAAAAAGAAAUUAAUCCUGUGCUGAAAAUAGCAUAAAGAACAAAAAGACAGUUCUUUCCUGUUGUUCAUGGGAACCAUGAGGAAAAGGUUAAAUAUGCUUUAAGUAUUACAGUCCUGAAAAGAGGGACAAAACGAGAGUCCUCAUUGAUGUUUAGAAUUUUAAGUGCAAUACAGAAAAGAGAAAUAGUGGGUUUAAGCCAAAACAUUUAGGAAAAUCACGUAAAACAGUGACAGGUAUAAAGGAAUAAGCAUGAAGGAUAAAAUUAAUCUGAGAUUGAGAAAAUCAGUCCAUGAAUUAGUGAGAAACUUGAGAUACGGGAGUAAAAUAGAUACCAAAAAUAUGAGUGUUAUGGAAGGCAGAUUGCAUCAUGACAAUCCAAGUCUCAGUGUUUGGUGUGAGAAUCGAUCUUCUCCAAAGGCGUCAACACAAAGAGAAUGCAAACCUGCUUAACAAUAUUAUGACAAUAUAAAACAUAGUUGAUUAAGUGGAAAUAACAGUAUUUAUCACAUGAUACACUUAAACAAACACUGUUCUUAUGCCUACCUCAGGCUGAGUGCAAAAUCACUGAACGAGAAAUUACAGUAAAUGCUCUUUAUGCUGCUUCCUGGGCAAAUUAGUGAAUGAAAUUAUAUUAUUUUUAAGCAACCUGUACAGUGAUGUUGGACAUAAAUCCAGGCCUCAUGGUCCAGGGGUAGGGACACUGCCACUGCUGCACCACAAGAGGGUCCUGCACCUUUCAAUGUUGAAGAUGCACUAGUAUCCAAAGGCUUCAACGUUGCCAUCUACUCAGGUAAUAUCAGGCAGAUUCCUGAAUAGAGUUUGAAGGGCCUCAUACAACUGCAACUGUAUUCUGAAUGUAUACGUAUGUAUUAUAUACGUAUAUAAUAUAUAUAUUAUAUACGUAUAUAAUAUAUAUAUUAAGUACUGAUGUGCUAAUUGCUCAAGCAGGCAAAGUUCAAAUAGAAAGUUAUUCAACAAAUUAGUAUAUUUGGUGUACUGUGCACUGGAACUGUUGUAUAUUU